UCUCUCCAACAGCAAAGUGGUCUUCCCUCACCUUUUUCACUUUCGAAAUUUUAAACCUAAAAAAACCACGAAGAUUGCAUUCUUUAUUUCCUUUACAAUCUCUUUUUAAGUUUAAUUAUCCCUUAAUUAAGCCUGACACUAGUGCCCAGUGAAAUUCUCUGAGCAACUUUAAUGUUCUUAGAGCUCAAUAAUAUCAUUCCCAUCUCUUGAAUCCUCAACAAAUUAAGAAAAUGGGUUUCAUGUUUGUGAAGAAGAUGACUUUACUUUUCCUCCUGGUUUCAGCUUUUCUUUUCUCAGCUUCUUUUGCAGCUGACCCAGGAUCAAAGUUUCUGAAUAGAGAAGAUGAGGAAGUAUGGGAUGAGGAGAGUGGUAGUACUGAAGAAAAUGAUGCCAUGAUCCAUGAAAGGCUUCUUAGCGCAGACUCUGGAGACUAUGGGAAAGUCAAUCCAGCGCCAAAACUUGCAAAGCCUCCUUUCAAGGUCAUCCAAAACUAAUUACUCAUGCUUCCAUACAUUUAAAUAAAUGAAGAAAAUUAUGGAAUAUAUAAUAAGUCAUGAUAACUUAUUUCCGUGUAAGUUCUACAUGAAUUAUAAGUUAUUGAUUUCAUAAAUCCAACGGUUGAAAUAAUGAUGCUAUAUCUAGUAACAUAUAUCAAUUGUUGAAUUUAAAAUUCAACUACUGAAAAUUUAUGUAAAAUUUACAUUUGCAUGAGUCAUAUGUAAUAUAUAUGUUGCAUGUAUACAUAUUUAUAUAGCUCUCCUUAGUUUCAAGAAAAUUAUACUAGUCCUUUUUCUCAUGUAUGUUGUGAACUUUCUUCUUCUUCCUUUUUGGAUAUGAAGUACCUUAAUUGCAUCUAACUUUGUGGUUGAAAAACUAUAUAAAGUACAGUAGCUGUU